AUGGAGGCGGCGGCGACCGGCGGCUGGUUCUGCUCGGGGGCUUUCUGGCGGCGGGUCUCGGGCCCGCAGGAGGAGCAGCUGAUGGAGCAGAUGAGCUAUUGGCUGGUGGGCUCCAUGGCCGUAGCGACAAUACUCACUUUCCACUUCGGGAUACCUUACGGGCGCUACUCCUCCUCUGCUUUCGGCUGCCUUCUUCCCACCACCCUUGCCUGGGUAGUGCAAGAAGCGCCUGCCUUCUUCGUCCCUUUGCUGCUCGCCCUCUGCAGCGACGGAGCCCGCCUCAUCUUUUGGCCCAACCGGAUCCUUCUGGGAAUCUUCCUCGCACACUACCUGUACAGGUCAUUCAUCUUUCCUUUCUUAAUUCGUGGAGGAAAGCCAACACCAUUCCUUCUUUUUUUAUUCGCUCUUGCAUUCUGUUUUUAUAAUGGGUAUUUGCAAGGCAGGAAUUUGAGUAACUAUGCAGAAUACCCCUCAAACUGGCUAACAGAUCCUCGUUUCAUUCUAGGUCUUACAGGCUGGCUAUCUGGUCUGCUGAUUAAUAUGCAUUCCGAUCAUAUUUUGCGGAAUCUCAGAAAACCAGGAGAGACAGGCUAUAAAAUACCAAGAGGAGGACUGUUUGAAUAUGUGACUGGAGCUAACUUCUUUGGAGAGAUCCUUGAAUGGUGUGGAUUUGCUCUUGCCUGCUGUACCAUAGAAAGUUUGGCUUUUGCCAUCAGUACAUUUAUGAUAUUAGGGAGCAGGGCAUAUCGUCAUCAUCUUUGGUACCUCAAAAAGUUUGAAGAUUACCCACGCUCCAGAAAAAUUCUAAUUCCAUUUGUGUUCUGAACACUUCCUCACACACUCUGCUGAUUCUGAAUAAUAAUUGCUGCUGUUAUAUAUAAAAAAGAAGACAUUGGCAAAACGGGUUCCUCUAAAUCAGGAGUGUUGAAUCUCAGGCAUGCAGGCCAAAUCCAGCCUACCUGGGGCUCCAAUCUGGCGCUCCUCCAGGAUGAAAGUACCUGCCAGGCUUAGUUACUGGCAGUAAGAGCUUCAAGCUAAAACAUGCUCGUAUUUGGGGAUAUUUCAGCCCUGUUCCCUUUGCCUUUGGCCCUACCCACCACUAGAAUGUGGCCCCCAGAACUUCUCUGAAAUUGAAUUUGAUGGCUACAGGCUGAAAGUAGUUCGAUGCCCCUGCGCUAAAUGUUGAUAAGGGCUCUUCUGUCAAUGCAGAUAUUGUGCCGAAUGACACAUUCCAUUAUCCACUGCCUAUCUCAAGGUUUGAAUUGAAAAUGU